AUGACGUAUCACCCAUCCAAUAACAUGAUGUAUCCCCCAUCCAAUAACAUGACGUAUCACACAUCCAAUAACAUGACGUAUCACACAUCCAAUAACAUGACGUAUCACACAUCCAAUAACACGACGUAUCACACAUCCAAUAACCCAUCCAAUAACAUGACGUACCACCCAUCCAAUAACAUGACGUAUCACCCAUCCAAUAACAUGACAUAUCCCCCAUCCAAUAACAUGACGUAUCACACAUCCAAUAACAUGACAUAUCCCCCAUCCAAUAACAUGACGUAUCACACAUCCAAUAACACGACGUAUCACACAUCCAAUAACCCAUCCAAUAACAUGACGUAUCACCCAUCCAAUAACAUGACGUAUCACCCAUCCAAUAACAUGACAUAUCCCCCAUCCAAUAACAUGACAUAUCCCCCAUCAAAUAACAUGACGUAUCACCCAGCCAAUAACAUGACAUAUCACCCAUCCAAUAACAUGACGUUUUACCCAUCCAAUAACAUGACGUAUCACCCAGCCAAUAACAUGACGUAUCACCCAGCCAAUAACAUGACGUAUCACCCAGCCAAUAACAUGACGUAUCACCCAGCCAAUAACAUGAAGUAUCUCACAUCCAAUAACAUGACGUAUCACCCAUCCAAUAUCAUGACGUAUCACCCAGCCAAUAACAUGACGUUUUACCCAGCCAAUAACAUGACGUAUCACCCAGCCAAUAACAUGACGUAUCACCCAGCCAAUAACAUGACGUAUCACCCAGCCAAUAACAUGACGUAUCUCCCAUCCAAUAACAUGACGUAUCACCCAUCCAAUAACAUGACGUAUCACCCAGCCAAUAACAUGACGUAUCUCCCAUCCAAUAACAUGACGUAUCACCCAUCCAAUAUCAUGACGUAUCACCCAUCCAAUAACAUGACGUACCACACAUCCAAUAACAUGACGUAUCCCCCACCCAAUAACACGAAAAGGUUUACGACCAAGAUGAAUAUAAAGGUCCCUCCCGAACCAGUAAAUCGAUUAACACUUACAUCCGGUUGCGCUGACACUGCCUACUUACGCUGUCGUGUCGGAGAAAAUUUACAAAUUCUAGUCCCUGCUGAGCAAAGCCAAAGUAAAAUGCAGCAUAUACACCAUAGAUGA